GAUGUUGAUCUCUGUGGCCCUGGGCCAGGUACUGUCCCUCCUUAUUUGUGGAAUUGGCUUGACCAGCAAGUACCUGUCAGAAGAUUUCCACGCCAACACACCAGUUUUCCAGAGCUUCCUCAAUUAUAUCCUUCUCUUCUUGGUCUACACCACCACCCUUGCAGUCCGACAAGGAGAAGAAAACCUCCUGGCCAUUCUGCGGCGAAGGUGGUGGAAGUACUUGAUCCUGGGCCUCAUUGACCUGGAGGCCAACUACCUGGUGGUGAAGGCCUACCAGUACACCACGCUGACCAGUGUGCAGCUCCUGGACUGCUUCGUGAUCCCGGUGGUGAUCCUGUUGUCCUGGUUCUUCCUGCUGGUCCGGUACAAGGCCGUGCACUUCCUGGGCAUCGUGGUCUGCAUCCUGGGCAUGGGCUGCAUGGUGGGCGCUGAUGUGCUGGUGGGGAGACACCAGGGAGCAGGGGAGAAUAAGCUGGUGGGGGACCUGCUGGUGCUGGGAGGGGCCACACUGUACGGCAUCUCUAACGUCUGGGAGGAGUACAUCGUCCGCACUCUGAGCCGCGUGGAGUUCCUGGGCAUGAUCGGGCUGUUCGGUGCCUUCUUCAGUGGAAUUCAACUAGCCAUCAUGGAGCACAAGGAGCUGCUGAAGGUCCCCUGGGACUGGCAGAUAGCUUUAUGCCCAUCGUCAUCAAGAAGACCAGCGCCACCGCCGUCAACCUCUCCCUGCUCACGGCGGACCUGUACAGCCUGUUCUGCGGGUUGUUCCUGUUCCACUACAAGUUUUCAGGGCUCUACCUGCUGUCCUUCUUCACCACCCUCAUCGGGCUGGUGCUGUACUCCUCCACCGCCACCUACACGGCCCAAGAUCCCCGCGUGUACAAGCAGUUCCGCAACCCUGCGGGGCCUGUCGUGGACUUGCCCGCUGCGGCCCAGGUGGAGCCCUCGGUCACCUACACCAGCCUGGGCCAGGAGACCGAAGAGGAGCCCCGCGUGCGCGUGGCCUAGGCCGGCCUGCGUUCACCGCCAUCCCCGCCUUGUACAUAGAGAAAGGUAUUUACUAGGUGCAGCCCACGCAGGUGGCCUGCGAGGUAGCAAUCCUGGGAGCCUGGAGAGGCGCAUGCGAAGGACCGCCAGGGCCCAGGCCUGGUGCACUGCCUGGAGCCACUCAGCGGUGCGCACACUGUCCCACCCCCACGUCAUUUCCUGUGACAAUGUCCUGAUCAAAAUCUGUGUCCUCCUUGUCAUGAGCUGUAAGGUUGCCGUGACGCCCAUCCCCAGGAGGAUCUUCCGGCCUCCUGACAGGACCAUGGCCAGGGCCCACACAUCCACAGAAGCCCACUGCACUGCGACAGGUCACCUCUGAGGGGUCUUGCUCUAGCCCUGCACAGGCGCACAGUGACACAUGCCACAGAAGGGCCACCCUGAGAAGUGCCACAAGAGAACCUGGGCCCAGAGGCUGUGGCUCUCUCACCCUGCUGACCGCCUGCCUGCUCAGUGAGUAUUUCGUGCUGUGACCCUCAUGGGGAGGGGUGACUGACCACACAAUUCUCUAUUCUAGGAAUAGAUUUAAACAAGUAUUUUAGCCUUUUGAUAUUUCAGUCUCUGGUUACCUAGGCUGUCGUCCUUCUUUUGGGCCACGUAAUUCAGCUAAUGAAGUCCCUGUAAUAACAGGACAAGAACUAUCCCGUGUCUGUGGCUUAGGGAGCCCCCAGCAUAGGAGCGUUUGUGUUUAGGGUUACACUUGCUUUCACAAUUUUUCUACCCCUCCCUAAAUCGUCUCUUCAAAACUUUUUUAUUCUCCUAUUUCCUUUUCUUACUCAUAAUAUGGAAAUUAAUCACGGCACAGAAAAAAGCCAUAUUCCUCAAUUACAUAGCACCUUUUGGAAAUGUACCAGCCUGGAAAUUACCUUUAUUUUGGAGCAGCACGGGUUAGGCCACCUCCCGAGGUCAUGGUGCCCGGCAGAGCCGGCUAGACGGCAGCUCAGUCACAGAGGCAGAUGUCACCAUUGGAAAGUCCGCAAGGUGGUCCUGCUUGACAGGCAUCCAACAGCAGAGCGCACUGACGCAACAUCCCCAUGGAUGAAGAGACUGCUGCAGGGCCCCACGAGCCCUGCGCAGUGUGGCUCCAGCCAAACUCAGAGCCCUUACAUGGCUCCUUCAUUCUAAACCAGGCCCCCAAGAACCGCAGACCGUCACUUGGAACAGGCUCACAGGCGGGGUCACAGGCUGGGCUGACUUCAGGGCCGUCUGAGGGUGCCAGGGCCUGCAUGGCGCUUAUGUGCCCUUGGCGAUUCCAAUCGAUGCCUUUUAGGGAGGUAAACAACACAAAGCCACUGGAGUCUGUAGACAGCAGGGUGGGUGCAGGCUGAGGAGGCCUGGAAGUGCAGGCACACACAGCCGGCGCUGUCCCCAGCGCUUCGGCAGCCGUUUUGCUUGACUCCUCCAGGCCAGGGUCCUGUCACAGAAGAUGGCAGGGAGACCCCCCUCAUUCCAUGCAGGCUUCACGGUCACUGCUGCCCCCCAGGAGCAGGCGUCCUGUGCUGCGGGGUCCAGGUCAACCUGAAGCACUGUCAAAUCAAAACGACCUUGCUAUCUUUCAACCAAUUAAAUACCUUUCUCUGAAUGUUUUUCUUAAUUCACAUCGAAGACUUUUGAAGAUUGUGGUUUAAUUUUUGUGUUUACAUUCCUUUGGUUUGCAUAAUUUGCUUGAGUUAUUUCAUUUGUAGUAUUUAUUUUAAGCCAAAUGUUUUUGUCUUUUUGACUCAUUUUUAUGAUGCUAAAUUGUGGACGCUUAGUAAAGUCUUAUGAAAAGCAAGUGGCUGGAACAAUUUCAAAGUCUACUCAGUGGACUGGGAAUUUUUUAAAAAUUCAAAUUUCCAAAGGUUUGCAACUGACCAACGACUAAGGCUGCCAUCUGAGUCUUUUUCUAGGAUGAUUAGACUGACUGCUGUAGGGAGACCAGCGUGAAGGUCAUGGCAAACUCACUGCCAGCCCUUCGUCACAGGGCGUCCUGGUAAUCAGCCCUUCAUGUCACCAGGUCACCUCACUGUGUUGGUUUGUCUCUAUUUACAAGGCUGCACAGGCACUGAGCUGUCUGUGACCAGGAGCUCAGACUCACCCUGAGGAGAAGAGUAGCAAAGGACACACUCUUUUUCUGUGUAAAAACGUCGAUCCUUUGGGAAUGGGGCAGGAAGUGGGAGUAGGACAGUAUUAAUUUUAGCACUCCUAGUUUCUGAGAUUUUAUAACCUCAGUAGAAACCAGCAAAGCUGUCAGCUUCUCAGUCCACCCUCACUCUUCCUCGCUGAGAUGCGACUGCGAGAUCUGUGUCAUGCAGUCACACUCUCCUGAAGCGGCCCGCGCCCCGGGAAGUGGUGGUCCGCACGGUCUCACCGAAGUCUUGGGCUGGGGACAGCUCCUCUUGGUCACGCCUUCCCCGGCUCCGCUCUACGCACUCAUGCGCUAGACCACACAAGGGAACGGUUUGCAGCACUGUGUCCCACGAAAAUGUUUCAAUGUUUAGUUUAGAUAUUGCUAACUUGUGCUAUUAACCUUCUGACAGGCGUGUAGUAUUGUUUGUUUGGGUUUAUUUUUUCUUUGUAACCAUUUAGUAGUCCCAGCUAGACACCAGUACAGAUUUUACCCCAUGGGUAGGAUUCUAUUGUUAAGCCACAUAACAAAGCACACUAAUCCUGACACUGCAAAUGGAAAAAUAUGAACCAAAAAAGGAAAAUUACACUAAUAAGCUGAACAAACUGUCCGUUUUUGAUAUUUGCAUGCUCCCCUCUGGACUGGCUGUGGCAAGGUAAUGCCUGUAUAAUGUUUUCACAUAAAAAUAAAUGCUUUAUGAAAACGCAGAGUUCUUGGAUUUCUUCACUGUU